AUGGGCUGUAUCCAGUUGACUUAUCCUGAUCCGGAAACUGAACCAUGGAUGAUAUUUGUUAGCUACCAGAUCAUCAACUCCACCUGCGCUGGUUUCAACCGUCGCCAUCGGCUUCGCCACUGCGUGGCCAUUCUGUAUUGCCAUGAUGUUCAGCAUACAGAAUUUCCAGGAGGUUACGGAUACGCCGACGGGCGUUCCCAUCUUGUGAUGUACGCAUUUCCACCGGAGUAUCCUGUUAGUGGCGGCAAUAUGAACUACGUUUGUAUCGUCUACUUCAUAACGUUCACGCUUAUCAUUGCCUGGUGGUUUAUUGAUGCGAGGACUAAUUUCCACCUUUCAUAA